GGCAUAAGUUCUACGUGCUACAGCUAUAACCACCACAAACACUAUGCGCAAGCGAGCGUCGACGUCGAAGGAACCGCAUCUUCGUCAUACAGUGUCUUCUCGCGCGACUGUGAAUGCGUGCCCUGUCGAGCGGAUGGAAUUUCAAACCCUGGCGUCGCUCGUUCGAAGUCUCAAAGAAGAAUCGUGCCGGCACCUCCAGCUGGAGACGGAAACGCAGACAGAAAUGGAGUACCUGAAUGCCCAGGCGACGUCGACGCGAAAAGGGCUAGGCAAGUUGGCCGAGCUCCUCACGGAUGACUUGAGCGUGAUGCGCGCCAACUUGCAGCACGAGAUGCAAGCCGUGCAAGUCGACUGCAUCAACCGCGUGGAGGAACUUACAGCCGCGGUGGAGCGCCUCUUGUUUCGAUUCACCCACCACAUUCGAGAUUGCCAAGCGCUGGGCGACGAAGUGGAUCGGUUGAAAGACACUUUGCACCAAACCAAAGCGCACUUGCAUCGCACGGACGCAGAGAUGAGCCAACAUUCGAGUCGGUUGGCAGCGGUAGAUCAACUGGCUACGAGGGUGGUCAGCUUGAACGACAAACACAUGGCUGCUUUGGCUGAAGUGGAGGCGCGCAUAGCUCACCAAUCCAAGUGGAUGGAGAUGCAGCUGCAAGAGGCAGGGGAGAUGCACGACCGGAGAUGGGACUCGGUGGAAACGACCAGAAUUCGCCACGAUACGUUGGUGCAUUCGGUGAUUCACGACUUGAUCUCGUUGCGCGAUCAAGUUGGUGACGUGGCGGCGCUGCGGCAAAUGUUGCAGCGACACAUGGACCGCGCGGCCACCGAAGCGCAACAUGGAACGAGAGAUUACCACGCGUUGGAGUCCCGCGUGGCGAGUUUGUCGGCGGCACUCGACACGUCGAGGACGCAGCACCAGUAUGCGCACGAGACAUUAGAAACCACGACCAGCCUGCGGCUAGACGCGCUAGCAGGAGCGUUAGAAUUGGCGUUGCGAGCAGUGCUGGCGUCCACCACUGCGCCCAUAUCAACUACGACGACCCCAGUGGCGAAAACCAAGCGUGUGGACGUGGUGUAGCUCAAUGGCGACAGACAUGCAGCAACGUUAAGCGGGCGAAAGGAUUACAAGUUGACGAUUACACGGAGGUAGGUAUUAAUCGAGUAUUUACGCGUAAAUGGUAAUCAAGUAGUCGACGACGCCGCAAAAUGUGACAAAGCUAACGCCCCGCAAGUAAUUUGUGCGUUUCGAGUUGCGGGCAUCGUAGAACUCACGCCUGCAACCACGCAACGAAUAUCAACAUCACGAACGCACGACAAGGUUAAUCU